AUGCCUCUUCCAUCAAUAGAUGUAUAUAGUUUAGUCCAAGAGCGUUUAAGAAAAGGUCCUCAAAAUAAAGGGGAAGGGAAUGUUUUCAUGUUUUACCUUAAAAUUUAUAGAAAAGAACAUAGAGAUAGAAUUUUUAAUCUGUCAAGUAGACGUGUAUCUGAAAUUGCCGGCGAUUCGUGGUCUCAAGAGCCAGAAGAUGUUAAAGAUAUUACAAAAAGAAAUUCGAGGAGUUUAAGAAAUGUUUUAAAGAGAAUCCCACUUUAUCAAGAUUCUGAUUAUCCUAUCCCUCAACUUGAGAAUACAUAUUCAAAUUCUUCUAAUAUUAGUCCACCUGUUUAUCCUAUUCCUCAACUUGAGAAUACAUAUUCAAAUUCUUCUAAUACUAGUCCACCUGCUUAUCUUAUUUUUCAACUUGAGAAUACAUAUUCAAAUUCUUCUAAUAUUAGUCCACCUUAUCAAGAUCCUUCUUAUCCUAUUUCUCAACUUGAGAAUACAUAUUCAAAUUCUUCUAAUACUAGCCCACCUGUUUAUCCUAUUUCUCAACUUGAGAAUACAUAUUCAAAUUCUUCUAAUACUCGUCUACCUGCUUAUCCUAUUCCUCAAAUUGAGAAUACAUAUUCAAAUUCUUCUAAUACUAGUCCACCUUAUCAAGAUCCUGCUUAUUCUAUUUCUCAACUUGAGUAUACAUAUUCAAAUUCUUCUAAUACUAGUCCACCCUAUCAAGAUCCUGCUUAUCCUAUUUCUCAACUUGAGAAUACAUAUUCAAAUUCUUCCAAUACUAGCUUACCUUAUCAAGAUUUUGCUUAUUCUGAUACAGAUUCAAACAUUCCUAACACUAUUUACACUGGCUCUCAACAUGUAAACAUUGGCCAAAAUUCUUUAUGUAUUUAUCAAGAUUCUGAUUAUCCUAUUUCUCAACUUGAGAGUAAAGAUUCAAACUUUCCUAACACUAUUUGUUUUAGCCCGCUUCAUCAAGGUUUUACUUAUUCUAAUUCUCAACUUGAUUCAAAUUCUCCCAACACCAUUGUUGAUUAA